CCGCACGGCCUACCAAUGGAAACACCGACUUCGCGUUCCCAGCGAGCACUGCGGCAGGCCGCUUCGCGCUUCUCAUUGGUCUUCGUGGAGGCCCCGCCCCUCCCAACCCCCUUGAAGGGGGGGGGGUUACUGUCCUCGCGCGUGCGCGUACCGCCUCCAUCGCGUACGCUAACUGGUAGUGCAGGCGAAGCCGAGGGUCCCAGAGGCGCCCUGGAGCAGGCGGAGGAGGAGGUGGCUGUACGGCCCGAGACGCCUGAAGACGAUGAGGACGAGGAGGAAACGCUGCCACACUCCGAGGCGGUAGACGUGUUCCAGGAGGGUCUCGCCAUGGUCGUGCAGGACCCGCUGCUCUGCGAUCUACCGAUCCAGGUUACUUUAGAAGAAGUCAAUUCACAAAUCGCACUAGAAUAUGGCCAAGCGAUGACAGUCCGCGUGUGCAAGAUGGAUGGAGAAAUAAUGCCUGUGGUUGUGGUACAGCAUGCCACGGUCCUGGACCUGAAGAAGGCCAUUCAGAGAUACGUGCAGCUCAGGCAGGAGCGCGAAGGGGGCAUUCAGCACAUCAGCUGGUCCUACGUGUGGAGGACAUACUACCUGACCUCUGCAGGGGAGAAGCUCACAGAGGACAGGAAGAAGCUUCGAGAUUACGGCAUCCGGAAUCGGGAUGAGGUGUCCUUCAUCAAAAAGUUGAGGCAAAAAUGAACCUCCAGACAAGGACAAUGUACUCGUGACCAAGCUCCACCCCCCAUCCCAUCCCUGCCCCCUUCCCGAAGGAGGAAGCCUUCUGCCACUGUUUCCUUUUCGCAGAGGAGGGAGGGCUGAGGUUGCCUGCGCCCAGCAGAACGCAGUGGAGCCCUAGGCCGAAGCACCCUGACCAUGCAGCAGACGGGCCUGGCCCCGCGUGUGGGUUCAUCUAUUUGCUUCUUAGUUUGAAAAGUAAAAGAGCCACAGUUCUUGGGGCAGGAGGGACUGGUGCUGCCCAGUCACAGAGGAGAAGGAAGGGCACAGGACAGUGUGGUGAGUGCUAAGGUCGAAGAUGCUCCACCUGAGCCCUGUGGCCGCAAGACCCUUUUACUGUGAUCUCUACAGCAAAGGGAAAUAAAGGCAGAAUGGCUGGC